GCGUAAUUUGAAAUGUUUUGUCUUCCAACAGGUCAGUGGUGGAAGCAACUGAAGUGGAUCUGAACAUGCGUGUUGGGCUGCAUACAGGACGGGUCCUGUGUGGUGUGUUGGGCCUGAGGAAGUGGCAGUAUGAUGUCUGGUCAAACGAUGUCACACUGGCAAAUGUGAUGGAGGCUGGUGGGCUGCCUGGUAAGGUGCACAUCACGAGGACCACCCUGGAGUGUUUGAACGGAGACUAUGAGGUGGAACCAGGCUUUGGCCACGAGAGGCACGCCUUCCUGCAGAAGCACCAUAUCGAGACAUUCUUCAUUGUGCCUUCGCACAGACGUAAAAUUUUUCCUGGGAUUAUCCUGUCAGACAUCAAACCAGCCAAGAGGAUGAAGUUCAAGACGGUGUGCUACCUGCUGGUGCAGCUCAUGCACUGUAGGAAGAUGUUUAAGGCCGAGAUCCCCUUCUCCAACGUCAUGACCUGCGAGGACGACGACAAGGUAUGUGACUUGCUCAACCUGGCUCGAGAUCUCUCCAUUUUUCUAGCCCUUCGAAAUGGUUGUGGAGUCUCCAAUCUACACACAG